AUGGCAGGUACUAGAGUGUUAGCUCUGGGCUUCAUUGCCCUAAUGACCAUAGGAUUAGCCAAUGGUGCGAGGGUUUCUCGACUUUCUAGUGCUGGUGGUACCGGUGAUGGAGGAGGUGGUGGCAGUGGUUAUGUAAGUGGUGGAGGAUCUGGUUUUGGUAGUGGUGUUGGGUCUGGUCAAAGUGGGAAGCCUAUAGGUUCUUAUGCAACUGCCGUAGCUGGAGGUAAUAGUUCUAGCACAAGCCAAUAUGGUGGAUCUGGAAAUGGCGCGGGCGGUGGAUCCGCUUCAGGAUCUGGGAGUAACUAUGAUAGCGUAUCUACCGGUUACGGUGGAUACACCAGUGGUGGCGGUAGUGGUGGUGGGGGUGGUGAAGGACAAGCCGGAGGUUCUUAUGGAUCUUAUGGUCAAGGAGGUGGUGGUGGUGCUGGCUCGGGCUCUGGUAUGGCUAACACACAUAUUUUUGGACCGAUAAGUGAGGCAAAUGCUAAUGCCAAUGGAAAUGGUGGUGGCAAUGGUGUCACUCAAAAUGGUGGCAGUGGUAGCGGUGGAGGUGGUGGAUCUGGGUAUGCUAAUGCGCAUCCAUAA